AUGGUGCACUGUGCCGGCUGCAAAAGGCCCAUCCUGGACCGGUUUCUGUUGAACGUGCUGGACAGGGCCUGGCAUGUGAAAUGCGUCCAGUGCUGUGAAUGUAAAUGCAACCUGACCGAGAAAUGCUUCUCCCGGGAGGGCAAGCUCUACUGCAAGAACGACUUCUUUCGGUGUUUCGGUACCAAAUGCGCCGGGUGCGCACAGGGCAUCUCCCCCAGUGACCUGGUGCGGAGGGCACGAAGCAAGGUGUUCCACCUGAAUUGUUUCACCUGUAUGAUGUGUAACAAGCAGCUGUCCACUGGGGAGGAGCUCUACAUUAUAGACGAAAAUAAAUUCGUCUGUAAAGAAGAUUACCUAAGUAACAGCAGCGCCGCCAAAGAGAACAGCCUGCACUCGGCCACAACGGGAAGUGACCCCAGUUUGUCCCCGGACUCCCAAGACCCGUCCCAGGACGAUGCCAAGGACUCCGAAAGCGCCAAUGUGUCGGACAAAGAGACGGGUAGCAACGAGAAUGACGACCAGAACCUGGGUGCGAAGCGGAGGGGGCCGCGCACCACUAUCAAGGCUAAGCAGCUGGAGACACUCAAGGCUGCCUUCGCCGCCACUCCCAAGCCCACUCGUCACAUUCGAGAGCAGCUGGCACAGGAGACUGGCCUCAACAUGCGGGUCAUCCAGGUCUGGUUCCAGAACCGACGGUCCAAGGAGCGGCGAAUGAAACAGUUGAGCGCUCUGGGCGCCCGGCGCCACGCCUUCUUCCGCAGCCCACGAAGGAUGCGGCCGCUUGUGGACCGUCUGGAGCCGGGGGAGCUCAUCCCCAAUGGACCCUUCUCCUUCUACGGAGAUUACCAGAGUGAGUAUUAUGGCCCCGGGGGCAACUAUGACUUCUUCCCGCAAGGCCCUCCUUCAUCGCAGGCGCAGACCCCCGUGGACCUGCCCUUUGUGCCGUCGUCCGGCCCGUCGGGGACACCCCUGGGAGGCUUGGAUCAUCCCCUGCCCGGCCAUCACCCAUCCAGCGAGGCACAGCGCUUCACCGACAUCCUGGCUCAUCCGCCUGGAGACUCUCCGAGCCCGGAGCCCAAUCUCCCUGGACCCCUGCACUCCAUGUCGGCGGAAGUCUUCGGGCCCAGCCCUCCCUUCCCUUCGCUGUCUGUCAACGGCGGGGCCAGCUACGGUAACCAUCUUUCCCACCCUCCCGAAAUGAAUGAAGCAGCGGUGUGGUAG